AUGAGUAAAGGAAAUCUUACCGGCGCUGAGGUCGCCCAGCACAACUCUCGUGAGUCUUGCUGGGUUGUUGUCCACGGAAAAGCCUACGACGUGACCGAAUUCUUACCAGAGCAUCCCGGCGGCCAAAAGAUCAUACUGAAGUACGCUGGCAAAGAUGCGACAGAGGAGUUUGACCCGAUUCACCCCCCAGAUACACUGGACAAGUACUUGGACUCCUCCAAACAUUUGGGUGAAGUCGACAUGGCAACCGUCAAACAAGAGGAGAAGGCCGUCGAUCCCGAAGAGAUAGAACGUCAAGAGCGAGUCAAGCGCAUGCCUCCGCUGGAAGCUUGCUACAAUCUCCUGGACUUUGAGACGGUCGCACGCAGCGUUAUGAAGAAGAAAGCCUGGGCGUACUAUUCCAGUGGUGCAGAUGAUGAGAUUACUAUGCGUGAAAACCACUCCGCUUUUCACAAGAUCUGGUUCCGUCCUCGCAUCCUCAUCGACGUCGAGAAUGUCGAUUUCUCCACUACAAUGCUCGGGUCGAACGUGUCGAUACCCAUCUACAUAACUGCGACUGCACUAGGGAAAUUAGGCGACCCGGAGGGCGAGGUGGUGCUAACUCGGGCCGCGCGCGAUCACAAUGUUGUUCAGAUGAUUCCGACCUUGGCGUCUUGCUCUUUCGACGAGAUCGUCGAUGCCAGGCGGGGCGACCAGGUGCAAUGGUUGCAACUCUACGUCAAUAAGGACCGCAAUAUCACCAAAGGCAUUGUCGAACACGCAGAAGCCCGUGGCUGCAAAGGUCUCUUCAUCACCGUGGACGCACCUCAGCUCGGUCGUCGGGAGAAGGACAUGCGGUCGAAGUUUUCCGAUGUCGGGUCUAACGUCCAAGCCACUGGAGGCGAAAAAAUUGACCGCUCCCAGGGAGCAGCACGUGCCAUCUCGUCAUUCAUUGACCCCUCGCUCUCCUGGAAAGACAUCCCAUGGUUCCAGUCCAUCACGAAUAUGCCCAUAAUCUUAAAAGGCGUCCAGCGCGUAGAGGACGUCCUCCGUGCUAUCGAAAUGGGCGUACAGGGUGUGGUCCUCUCCAACCACGGAGGUCGUCAACUGGACUUCUCGCGGUCUGCCAUUGAGAUCCUCGCGGAAGUCAUGCCGGUCCUCCGGGAACGCGGCUGGGAAAGCAAGAUUGAGAUUUUCGUGGACGGUGGUGUCCGUCGUGCCACUGAUAUUCUGAAGGCGCUGUGUCUGGGUGCAAAGGGCGUUGGUAUCGGACGACCUUUCCUGUACGCCAUGUCGGCGUAUGGUCAGCCCGGUGUCAACAGGGCACUUCAGCUUCUUAAGGAUGAAAUGGAGAUGAACAUGCGACUUAUUGGAGCCAGCACGAUUAAAGAUUUGAACACCAGUAUGCUCGAUGUGCGCGGCCUGGUGGGUGGUCAUAGUGCCCCCGUACCAUCGGAUACACUGAGCCUUCGUGUUUAUGAUCCUCUUCAGGCACCUCGGUUCAAUGAGAAGUCUAAGCUGUAA